UGGUCUAUUGUUGUACCGGGAAAAAGAAGCAUCCUUGGUAUAGGUGAUGUUGAGGAUAAGGAAGAAUAUGAAGCUUUUGAAGACUCCCCUCCCUUUAUCAAUUCAAAAUCAGUGGAUCAAGAUGAUGUAGAUGAUGUAGAUGUUGGUUAUAUGCGUGAGGAAUACAUUUGAAUUAAGUGAUUCACAAGGUAUUGAUAUACAAUGCAUCUAUUCAGAGACGAAAUUGUCCCCGAGAUUGAGACCUCGGAUAAUGAGCAUCGUAGUUAUGACAGCGAAGAGGACCAAAUUGUGAGAUACGAGCGUAUGGCUGAAGACGCUCCACCGAUUGACAAUGAUUUUGAGACUGAAGACGCCCCACCAAUGGAUGCUCCACUACCACUAAGAAAAGGAAAGGGCGAGGUCCUACGAAAAACCUCAAAGUCACAGAACCCAUGCAUUUGGAAUACAAUGCAUUGGGUCAACCCUGUGGAAAAUGGCGUAGGCAAUAUGGAAAACAAGUGGGCCUAUGUAUCCGCAAGAUUUCCAUAUUGCACGCAUGGAACGAGGUUCCAGAGGGUUUGAAGAACUCUCUAUAGAAUGAUACUGUGAAUCUUUUCCACAUCGAGAGCGAUGAGGACAAGAAGAAUGUGUUUCUUUCAGCUGUUGCUGAAAGAUUUAGAGAUUUCAAAUCCAAGCUAGUAACUGGCUGGAUUACGAAGAGGCGUGCCCGUACGACCAAAAAGGUCAAAACGGGAAACGAAGGUGGAGAGCAAUCACCUUCGAAGAUGCCCUACGAAAUAUGGGGUCACAUAUCAAAGAGGGAUUGGGAGGCCUUUGUUGCCAAAAGAACAACUCCCAUAGAAGUUGAAAAGCGUGGUAAAGCUUCUGAUUCUGCAAGCAAAAGGAAGUUUUACCAUCGCUUGGGCCAAAAAACGUACGAUGAGGUCCGAAAAGAGUGGGUGGAUGCGGGUUUAUACCCCAAUCAAAGUUCAUCCACGCCCUCAUCUACGACUACCUCCGCAUCCGUGAAUACUCCUGCUGGAGAUCGGGUGCGUGAUUGGUAUUGCGGGCUUCAUUCCCGAGAUGCAAGUGGUAAAUUUACAAUUAAUGAUCCGGGAACGAAGAAGGUUGCUGAGGCUGUGAUGGGCUGGAAGGAAAAAGAAGCAACGGGGGAGUUCACCCCAAGAGGCAAUGUUGACGCAUUGCAUAUGGUCUUAGGGAAAGACCACAGUGGGCGGGUAGUCGGAAAGGGAGGCGUCCGCGUGGGGUUACAGAAGGCAUUCGGCAAAGAAUGUGUUGCUACUCAAUCCCGAACGACGCUGCGGGAUGAAGUAGCAACCCUCCGAGCAGAGAUUACGAAGGACGUUCUCACCAAACUGGCCGUCGUGUUGCAGAAGAUGGGAGCACCCGUUGUUGACUUGGCAAACCUGAUUGUCGAGGAUCAGGAAAGUCAACAUGGGGAUCCUAAUGCUUCGGUCGAGCCAACACCUGAGCCCAUUACCCCCGUAGCACCCCAGCUCAUUACUAAUACCCCUGAAGGGGAAAACCCCACACCGGAGAACAUAAACUCCGUUGCUCAAAAUCCGGAGCCAACUCCGGUGCCAGUGCUACAGGAGGCGACUCCUUGUUCUCUUUUGCUGCCUCAGUUAGGUGUUGCUAGGGAUGGCGACUUAACUGAGGUUGCAUAUGGUGUGGCCCAGCCAAACAAAGAGGGCCAAACAGUGCAUUCAAUGCCUGUUACAAGUGGCCACAUCAGUGUGGCCGUGGAAACUAUUGUAAAGGGGUUUGAAGAUUUCUCACUCCCGGUUCCAACGCCAGCAUGGAGCCUUGAGAAACUAUCAGACGCCCUAGGUAGUUUCGUCACAUGGCCAUAUGCUUGGGUCCGAUUCACUAACAUGCAAAAGAGUCCAAAGGGAUCUUGGAGAGAGGUCGAUUCCUCAGCAAAGGUGUCGACUGGCUCAAAGUCGAUGCCAAGCACUCCAAUUUUGACUGAUGAGGAGCUAAAAGAUCUCUCUCAAGAUUGCAAAUGGCUGCAUUAUUGUGCAUCUCGCAUAAGUGAGGAGGACCCACUCAUUCUGAACCUGCUGAAGGAGCAAUACUGCUUUUUAGAGAGCCCGUUUGUAAUUAUUGGUCCUAGUGACAUCGGGCAAUUUUUGAGAGGAGAGAUGCUGAACGUAGCUCUUUUCCAUGUCUACAUGAGUGCGGCUUACGAGGAGCUAAAUUCUUGCGAACCUCCAAUAAAAAUUGGAUGGUUUUGUCCAGAGUCGAUUUCGAGUAGUAAAUGUGUAAAUGAUCCAGAUGACGUCAGAGUAUACAUUGAGACUGCUUUGAUUAAUUCCCUUGCAUCUAAACACACGUUCAUUCUGGCUCCAUAUGUGGAAGAUUUGCAUUGGAUACUUUUGGUCAUAUGUCCUUUAACGAACACUGUGCACGUCUUCGACUCAUUACAAAAACCUCAAAGCCCGCCUCGCAACACAAAAUUCAAAGCGUUGUUGAAUGCCACAAUGAAAAAAGUGCGUGGACAAAUGGGAUCUACAUCCAGAGCCACAUUUCCAAAAUGGACAGCAAUAAAGUGCUUUCGACAACCUUCUGGUUCCGUUGAUUGCGGCUACUACGCUCUUAAAUACAUGGACGAUGUCUUAAAAUCCGUGAAGGAGGUUGGAGUCGAAAACAUAGAUGCCGUUUUAUACAACAUUCCGAGGGAAACAUGCCAUCUGAGAAGUGGAGAGAUGCGCGAAUUAAAAGACAAGAUUGCCGCGUAUCUUGCUAAUUUUUGUCCUUGAUGAAUUGUAAUUAGUAUUAGAUUUUUUAGGACUUUAAUGUAUAUUAUAUAUAUAUAUGUACGUACAUAUAUAUAUGAUCGAGAGUUUAUUAUUAAAAAAAAAAUUA